AGGAUGUCAUAAAUGUGUCUGAAAACAGAUGUACGGGAUAUUGAUCAGCGUUCCUAAAUAAGUGUGUGUUUUCAAAAGUAGAGAGCUAGAGAAAGCUAGUGAUGCUGCGAGAGAAGAGGCAUGGGGGGGUGGGGAUUUGUGGUAAGAGGAAACAGGAGAAAAAGGGAGGGACCGAGGAACAUACAUUUUCCUCUCACUCAUGAAUGAAGGGGAGGUCCAUGUUGUGUUCUAAACCAAUGAAACAGACAGUGAGGUUUCACAAUCAAAUUAAGCCCUCAUUCCUCUCAUUAGAAUCAGGACUGAGCUUCUUGGCAGUCAAAGGUUUACCGCCAACUGUUGAGACCGGACAGGAGUUGCACUUUCCUCUCAGACUCAGGAGGACCUAACCCACCGUCGCUUUCUAACUUGGACUGACAAGCAACUAUGGGCUCCUUGGCGUGGGGCUUCAUCACUGAUUUCUUCACGUACGAGACCACCAAGUCUGUGGUGGUGAAGAGCUGGUCUGUGGGCAUCAUCAACCGGAUCGUACAGCUGCUCAUCGUUGCAUAUUUUGUCGGCUGGGUUUUCAUCCAUGAGAAAGCUUAUCAGGUGACAGACACUGGCAUAGAGUCCUCUGUGAUGACCAAAGUAAAGGGUUUUGGUUACCAUCAUGGCCAGGUGAUGGAUGUGGCUGACUACGUCUUCCCUCCACAGGGUGCUGGUGUGUUCUGCAUCAUGACCAAACUCAUCAUCACCAAAAAUCAGUUCCAAGGAAAAUGUGCAGAGUCUGUUGCGAUGUUUAGUUGUCACACAGAUGAAGACUGCCACAAGCAUUUUGGUGCCAUCCUUUCCAAUGGUGUAAUAACAGGUGUUUGCCUUAAACCCUCAAAUGACUCCAAGGGUCAUUGUGAGAUUGAAGGAUGGUGUCCCACUGAGAACGACAACGUCAAAAUCACACCGAUGCUGGAUGUGAAUAACUUCACCAUCUUCAUCAAAAACAGUAUUCGUUUUCCACUUUUCAAUGUCACCAGAGGGAACUUUCCUUCCUCAAUGACAUCUGAUGAGAUCAAGCGAUGUACCUACCAUCCGGAAACGAACCCUUUCUGUCCCAUUUUUCGUGUGGGGGAUGUGCUGAACUACACUGGGCAAAAUGUGGCUGGCCUGGCAGAUAAGGGUGGAGAGAUUGGAAUAAACAUUGAGUGGAGGUGUAACCUGGACUGGAACAUUGACUAUUGCAUACCCAAGUACUCUUUCACGCGACUUGAUGCACCUUUUGCCAAGAACGCUGUCUCCAAAGGCUACAACUUCAGAUUUGCCAAAUAUUUCAAGACAGAAAAUGGGACUGAGUUUCGGACACUACACAAAGCAUAUGCAAUCCGCUUUGACGUCAUGGUCACCGGCAAUGCAGGAAAAUUUUAUACAAUCCCAACUCUGAUCAACUUGGUAGCUGCCUUCACCUCUAUUGGACUGGGUACUGUUCUCUGUGACGUUAUCUUACUGAACUUCUUGAAAGGAGCAGAGCAGUACAAAGCCAAGAAGUUUGAAGAGAUAUUCAUUGUUUUGUCCAUCCAGGUGUCAGCAUCUCUCGCUCAGAGCCCAGGCAGCCAGCUGUCACUCAAACCAGGUAUCAAGAGCUCGUAUGACUCUGGAGCCAUUUCCCUCGCUACCUCUGAGCAACCUAUCUGACUGAAGAACGGGACUUUCCUCUUUCUCCCUUGUUCUCUUUCCCUCAUUGGCUCUAAAGAUAUUCAUUAAGCCUUUUCUGAUUGUCAGGAUGUGACAGUCAGUUUUAGCCCGGUAAGUUUAUGAAACUGGGUAAAGUAGAACAAUACUGUCGCCAUCUUCACAAUUUUGCCACUAGAAAUGGGACUCAGAGCUGUGGCCUUGUAGCUCAUAACGAUGGCACACUGAUACCUCCUGUUUAGGGAGGUUCCCUCAAGAAAGAUUCAACCCUUCACUAUUCACAUGAAAUCUUUUCAAAGCUACAGUCAUUAAAGAGCGAAGCAUCCAGUAGUAAAAAGCUUAUUUUAUUGCAAGGAGUUUCAUUUUAUAAGACAUUUUACAGCCUUUUAACUCCAGUAAACUGCAAUCUCCUGUUUGUCAGCCAGAAUAUUAGGGCUGAAUAGGUACAUAAUGAGAAUAAAGCUGUGCUCCAACAAGCCAGAAUUUGAAAAAGGUGUUCAAUAAAAAAAAACAACAAAACACUGAGAAUAAACUUUUUUUCCCAAACA